AUGAACCUCACCUGGUUCGCCAAGCAAGCCGUCACCACGGCCUUCCUGGGCUGCCUCGGCGACCUCCAGCUGUCCGCCGACACGCUCGGCUACAACUUCGCCAACGUCACCGGCUUCGCCGUCCUCAGCGGCCUCUGCGGCGCCAUGGAGCCCAUUUGCGGCCAGGCGCACGGCGCUAGCAACGUCUCCCUACUGCACAGGACGCUGCUCAGGGCCACGCUCAUGCUCCUCGCCGCCUCCGUACCCAUUGCGCUCCUCUAG